GUGCUUUCAACCUCUCAUUUCUAAAAGGAAAGAAUCAGUUUGUUGUUAUCUGAAGACUUUAAUAUUGCACUUACCCUGCAAACAGGCAUAUUUGUCUAAGACAUAUUGAAGUGCAAAAAGGCUGGGGCUGGGGGUCUAAGAGAAGCUGGAGUAAAAAUAUGUGAUGAGUAAAGGGCACCUAACAGGAAAGUAUUCAGGAGUCUGGGAUAUGAUUAUGAAAUGAGAAAAAAGUAAGAGCUCCUUAAUCUUCUAUUUCUUUAGGGAUGGUGAAGCUCAUGAAUAUAAAUUCAAGUUAUGGAGUUAAAUGAAAAUUACCCAAAGGUAAAUGAAAACAUUUCACAGUACAGCAGGAGGAGUGUCUCUGAGAAUGGUCUGGACUUGUCAUUAUCUUCUGCACUCUGAACAGGACUCCAAGCCCAGGAACAGCAGAUGCCCAACAGCAGCUCCAUCAGCGAGUUCCUCCUGCUGCCGUUGGCAGACACGCAGCAGCUGCAGCUCCUGCACUUCUGGCUCUUCCUGGGCAUCUACCUGGCUGCCCUCCUGGGCAAUGGCCUCAUCAGCACAGCCAUAGCCAGCGACCGCCACCUGCACACCCCCAUGUACUUCUUCCUCCUCAACCUGACCCUCCUCGACCUAGGCUGCAUCUCCACCACUCUCCCCAAAGCCAUGGCCAACGCCCUCUGGGACACCAGGGCCAUCUCCUACACAGGAUGUGCUGCACAGCUCUUUUUCUUUCUCUUCUUCUCUUCAGAGUAUUCCCUUCUCACCAUCAUGUCCUAUGACCGCUACGUUGCCAUCUGCAAGCCCCUGCACUACGGGACCUUGAUGGACAGCAGAACUUGUGCCACCAUGACAGCAGCUGCCUGGGGCACUGGGGUUCUCAAUUCCCUGCUGCACACUGCCAGUACGUUUUCACUGCCUCUCUGCCAAGGCAAUGUUGUCAACCAGGUUUUCUGUGAAAUCCCCCAGAUCCUCAAACUCUCCUGCUCAGAAUCCUACCUCAGGGAAGUUGUGUUUCUCUUUUUUAGUAUCAGUUUAGCCUUUGGGUGCUUUGUUUUCAUAGUUGUGUCUUAUGUGCAGAUCUUCAUGGCUGUGCUGAGAAUGCCCUCUGAGCAUGGAAGGCACAAAGCCUUCUCCACGUGCCUCCCUCACCUGGCUGUGGUCUCCCUAUUUCUCAGCACUGUCCUUUAUGCCUACCUAAAGCCCCCAUCCAUUUCCUCCCAACUCGUAGAUCUGACAGUGGCACUUCUGUAUGCAUUGGUUCCUCCAACUCUGAACCCUAUUAUCUACAGCAUGAGGAACAGGGAGAUCAAGCACGCUCUCAGGAAGGUGCUGCAAUACGCACUAUUCCAGCUUCCAUAAAGUGCACAUCAUUCC